CUCGGAUUACAGCCCCGGCUCAGUGCAGCAGUAGCAGUAUCGCGCGCGCGCUCCCGCCGCAGCGUCCCAGACUCACGCGCUCAGUCCGCGCUCUCCGCUCCGGCGAACGCACCGUCGCGUCUCCGUCAGUCGGAAAGGAUGCGCCCGUGAUUCCUACGCUGCCGUCUCCGAGCUUCACCUCCUCGCGCGGGGAGAAGAGGUGAAAAUAUCUCUCUCUCUCUUUUCUCGUGGGAGGCGCUCAGCUCUCAUUCAAUCUUAUUCCAUCACCUCUUCUCUCUCCCUCUUUCUCUGUAUCUCUUUUUGCGCAUUUCCCCAUCCAACGUUUUACGCGGAGGAAACCGCACCGUUAUACCAACCGGAAGGGAAAUACCCACGGGCAUCUGUGUUUUUUUUUUGCAAUUUCCCUUCAUCUCAAAUUAUGGAAAACGUCAAUGUGGAGACGGUGGAGAAGGAGUGCGGCGCGCUCGGUGGACUCUUCCAGGCGAUCGUCAAUGACAUGAAGUGUUCAUAUCCGGUCUGGGAGGACUUCAGUGCCAAGGCUACCAAGCUGCAUGCCCAGCUCAGAACCACCGUGCUUGCAGCAGUGGCGUUUCUGGAUGCUUUUCAAAAGGUUGCAGACAUGGCAACCAAUACACGAGGCGCCACCAGAGACAUCGGCUCGGCGCUGACCAGGAUGUGUAUGCGCCACCGCAGCAUCGAGGCUAAACUACGCCACUUCACCAAUGCUCUGAUGGAAAGCCUGAUCACCCCUCUACAGGAGCGUAUCGAGGACUGGAAGAAAACAGCCAAUCAGCUGGAUAAAGAUCACGCCAAAGAGUACAAACGAUCUCGUCAUGAGAUAAAGAAGAAAUCUUCAGACACUAUGAAACUACAGAAGAAAGCGAGGAAAGAACUGCAGGGCCGUGGGGACCUGCAGCCUCAGUUGGACAGUGCCAUGCAGGAUGUGAACGAUAUGUACCUGCUGAUGGAGGAGACGGAGAAGCAGGCGGUACGGCGCGCCCUGGUGGAAGAAAGAGGACGCUUCUGUACCUUUAUCAGCUUUUUGCAGCCUGUAGUGAAUGGAGAAAUUGCAAUGCUGGGAGAGAUCACACAUCUGCAGGCUAUUAUUGAUGACCUCACUGUGCUCACAACUGAUCCCCACAAACUCCCGCCCGCCAGUGAGCAGGUGAUAAAGGAUCUGAAAGGUUCAGACUACAGCUGGUCCUACCAGACACCUCCAUCCUCCCCUAGUAGCUCUGGCUCGAGAAAAAGCAGCAUGUGCAGCAGUGUGAACAGCGCCCACAGUAGUGCCUCUCGCUCGUCAGGAGGCUCACAAACUCACUCACCCAGUUCGUCCUGUCGCUACCGCAGCCUGGCACAUCCGCCUCCAGGAGGUGCCCACCGCCUGAGUAGUGUCUCCUCCCACGACUCGGGCUUCAUCUCUCAGGAUGCCAACAUCUACUCCAAACCCCCCUCGCCCAUGCCCUCGGACUUCACAAGCCAGAAGUCAUCGAGUUCAGCAUCUUCAGAGGCUUCAGAAACAUGUCAGUCAGUGAGUGAAUGCAGUUCUCCUACAACAUUUGGCUCAUCCUUCGCUACCUUCCGUCCUGCUCUAUCUCACACUGGCUCCAUCAGGCCUUUCUCUGUCAUACUUCCUGCGUCCCCACCCUCUAGUCGCUCCCCUGGAUCCAACACUUCCUCUCCCACAUCAAAGGUUCCUUGCUGGAAGGACUGGUCCAAGGCAGGCUUGCUUGAGCAGCCAGCAGCCAGCACCCUCCAGAGAAGGAAGGAGACGAGAGAAUCAGAAUCAUCACCCCAGUCUCAAGGUUAUGCUGGGGUACAUCCUGACGAUCCCCAAAGGCCCAGGAUGACACCUGCUACUAUUGCAGCUAAGCAUUGUGAGGAGGUUUCCCCUGCAGCUAGCGACCUGGCCAUGGUGCUUACUCGUGGCCUCAGUAUGGAACAGCAGAAGAGCAGUAGGGACUCACUUCAAUACUCGAGUGGAUACAGCACUCAGACAACCACGCCAUCAUGCUCUGAGGAUACCAUUCCUUCCCAAGGCUCUGAUUAUGAUUGCUACUCUGUAAAUGGUGACACUGAAGCCGAUGGUCAGUCGGAAUUUGACAAAUCGUCCACAAUCCCACGGCACAGCAAUAUUGCUCAGAACUACCGCCGCAUGAUCCAGACCAAAAGGCCAGCCAGUACGGCUGGACUGCCCAGCGCCAUGGGCGCCCAAGGAGGAGUUGGUGGUGGAGGACCAGGCAGUCACGGGACGGCCACUAUCCGCCGAACACCCUCCACAAAGCCUGGUGUGAGGCGCACUCUCUCCAACGCUGGCCCUAUCCCUAUCCGGCCACCCAUAGUGCCAGUUAAGACACCCACUAUACCUGAUUCGCCCGGUGGAUAUCCGGGGCCUCCGGCACGUGUGGGCAGUGAGGAGUGUGUGUUCUACGCAGCAGAUGAUGCCUCCCCAGCUGCUAUGGAGUAUGUAAAGGCUUCACCGAAGCGCCUCAGCCUACCUAACGCAGCUUGGGGCACAGCAGGCGCUGAGAUGAGUGUGUACGGGCAGCCAGGAGAAGAAGAUCAGCUUCUAGCUGCUAACCGGCAUAGCCUUGUGGAAAAGAUUGGUGAGCUGGUAGCCAGUGCCCAAGCCCUGGGAGAUGGCCAGUACCCUUUCCCCUCACUGGCACCCGAGGGCCAGACCGUUCCUCAGAGUAAAUGUCCCCCGCAGGAAGGAGAGGACAUGCUGGUAUCUAUCCGUCGAGGCGUCCGGCUGCGCAAGACCGUCUCCAACGACCGCUCGGCACCACGCAUACUGUGACAGCUGUUAGAGAGAUAAAUGAAGGUGCAGUUAAAAAAAAAAUCAAAAGCACUCUGUGUGGACUCUGUAGAGAAUGAAAAGAAGAGGAUUUAAAAAAAUAUCAAUUAAAUGUUUAAAAGAAGUCGUUAUAGUAACAUAACGAACAUGAGAAAAAAAAUAGGAGUAAAAUUCUAAAUAACAACAGGCUCAGGCCACUGUAACUUGUAGCGUGUCUGGACGCAUGUUUGUCUUAUUAACACUACCCAUCAUAUCAGGAUAGUCAGGCUCUAGGAAGACACUGGGCAGAUGCAAGAACAAGGAAACAUUUGGGGACAAGGAUCUUUGAAAACACAAAAAAAAACCUAGUUCUGGACUCCAGGAAUUAGUGCUGGAAAAGCUCAUCUAAUCAAUGGAGGACAGUCGGGGUGGGACUCUUCCUGCAUUUCACCCCACUGUCACAUUCGGCUGUGCGACAUCACACUGUUGGUCAGUGUGACUGUCAGUCAGGCUGAAGAUGAGCGGGGCUCUGCUGCAGGUCAGCUUUGUGGUUAUGGAAUUUAUCUUCUUUUAUUAGCGCACCUCUUUUAGCUUGUUUAAUCAUUUAAAUCCAAGCAAAUAAUCCUGACUGCAGAUCCUUACGUUGAAGGUGUGCAUAUCAGAUGUAUGUAUUUCUUUUUUUAAUUACCUAAAAACAAAUGCCAUUAUAAUGUGGAGCAAUAAUCUUUCUGUUUAACAAGGGGGAAAAAAGACAGAAUUACAAGAAUAGUUGGAAUGCAUGGAGGUACAGAUGUUGUUAAAAGCCUUGGAGGAACUCGGUUCUGUUUUUGAUAGUGGGGGAAGGAAGUGGAAGCCAAGACGUGCAAUGAGGAAGCAAAGCACUUUGAAGACACAGUGUUGGCCAUUAGGGGGCAGUGUAGCUGCACUGUAUACAGUAAAUGCUAAGAGGACUAGAACUGCUUAGCAAGGGGCUGAAUUUAGCGCCGAGGUCCAGCACAGUUUGGCGAUUUGUCCCCUUUCUUACAGGAUUUUUAGCUGGCUAGCUAAUCCAGAACAAUUCUACACCCAACCCUCUGACAGGAUUUUUAAGUCAUUCUUAACCUGACAGAAUUGUAUUAAGGAUUAGGUAAUAUAAAGUAAUAAAAAUGCUUAUAAUCCAUAUUGCUAGUUCGGCAUCCAGCAUAAGUUACCGGAUUUCUGAGUGAAUCUGACUGUCAAAAGUGAUAUUAAUAGAAAUGUCAAUAAUAGCUAACGCGGUAUCAAGUAAAUAAAUAAAUACAUAACGUAUAGCAUGUAACUAGAAUCCAAAUACAGAAGUUUGACAAAGCUUCUCAGAAAUAUUUGAAAGCCAUGAUUUAUGAUCUAACUUGCCAUUUUCCAGCCCCAAAUUCAUGCCUAAAUAUCACCAAACUGAUUGACCUCUGGCCAUACACAGCUGUCGUUAAGCACCCCUUGCAAUAACGGGUGUAAAAAGAAAUUAGCUGUGGCGUGAUAGUUAAAAGAGUGCAAAGGAAAGUGAAUAAGAUAUGUUACUGAAAGAGUGAAUUUGGUUGGGAAGUGUUUUUCUUUGAGAAUUUAUCAUUUUUUUAAUUUUUUUUUUAAUUGAGGUGAGUUGUUUUAUUGAAUCACGAGCCUCCGACCACACCGCUCUGACUCGGCUAGAAAUCCUGGAGGUUUGUCAAUGAGCUGAGAUGAAGGCACAAACCUGGUAGUCUUACGGAAAAGAAACAAUAAAGGAAAAAGUGUGUCAAGAAUCUGGGAGAGAAACAAGGACGAGAAACACAGAAGGCAAAGGACAGACAUCCAGUGCUUUAUAACGUGAGCAUUCCACUGCCUGAUCUAGAAAAUAGGACGUGUUAUGAAAUGUGGCAUUUUAUUAAAAGAAAAAAAAAAACCAUCGCAUGGACACAGCGGUUUCCUGUGAGUACCCAUUUCACAGCGUGACGAAAUAAAAGAACGCUUUUUGGAUUUUGGAGUCGGAAUCAGUGGCCAAAACACUGUUUAGUCCUGUAGUAUGUGUCUGUGAGUGACCUUCUGUGCUCCCCUGGUUCACUAUAACCCUGUCGUCUUGCGUAGUUCUGUCACUCCAAGUGACCACUACAUGUGCGACUAAAUGGACACUUAAUACUUAUUAAUAUAUUCUUCCUUUUUUUUUUUUGGAGGGGUGGGGGAAUUAUUUAUUUUGCAUAAAUAGAGCACUCUGUUUUAGGAAUGCCUGUCUUUUAGGAAAUAAAAAAAGGUGUAUCUGCUGAGUGAAGGACUGCCUCUGAAGGAAUGGUGUGAAAGGGGCACAAGACUGGUGUUACAUGCCAGGUGCGAUGAUGAUCACUCUUUCAAGACGUACAGUCUAGCGCUGUAUAUAUAAUCCUAUAUAUAUACAGCAGAUACAUAGACUAAAAAAAGAGGGUGGACAGUAAGUGUACUGCUCUCAAAAUAAUGUCCAAAGUCUGUGGAAAAAAAAAGUAAAGGUCAAAUCUAUGACAGCAAUAUUUCACGUCUGAUAAUAAUUUGGCAUUUAUAUACUGUCUGAAUGCGUAACGUGCUAAUGACAUCGCUCGGAUAUUUCAUACUGACCCUAAUACGAACCUGCGCAGUGAAAGACCAAGGGAGGAUAUUAGAAGCAGAACAGACUAAAAAAAGUAUAGAAGAUACAAAUUUACAGAAAUGUAAAUAAGAAUGAUUGGAAGAUGGAGACAUAAUAAGAAGAAAACUAUUACAGAAUUCUCGAUUCUCGCUGUUUUUUUCUCUACCAAGGGUUUUAAAUUCCAUUCCAGGAGCUCAUUUUCAAUUCUUCUGCACAACCUACACAGAUUAUCUGAUUAGUUGCAUCAAAAAAAUAUACAUAAUACAGACAGAUAGCUAAUCAAGUUAUUUAGUACACAGACACAACGACUUCUAAUGCUCUGUGCUGGAAAACCAGCCAGAUAUCUGUACACAAACGCAAGCAAUAUUGCUGUGAGGAAACGUUUCAAACGUCAGGGUUCUUGAGUUGCAGCACAAUUACAAAAAUUUCAGUGACAAUGCGUAACAGAUGUACUUUUGCGAACGCGUUGUCCUGCAUAUCUACAUGCAGGUCAGUAACCUAGCAUGCAGUGUUAGCAUGCUAGGUUAUACUGUUUGGCACAACUAUCAUAUGCUUGGGAUUAUAUUGUCAAGAUGUUCGAGAAAUUCGAAAGAGAUCUGCCUGGUGUCUACAUUGUAGAUAGCUAUGUGUCUUUGUUUGCUUGUUUAAACUACUCGGGAAGUAAAAAACAUUGGAACUAAUAGACAGUGUGAGAAUGAGUGUAAUUCACACGGUGACCCUAUUUUACAGACUCAGAUAGUGGGAUUUUUUUCCUCAAAAAUACAAGAUACAGGGAAUAUGCAUUACAUGAGUUAGUAUUGCGCCCUCUAUUGGCGAUAUAGGUUUCUAAUAUGUGCAAAUCGUUUCAGCAGAUUAUCUCGAACGUUUCAUGUUGUGCACCUUGAAAAAUGACAAUUUGAUCUCCCCUUUGCUGUAAUCUAACAUAACAUGCUUCUUCAUUAUCAUUACUGUCUUCUUCUUCUUCUUCUUCUUCUUCUUCUCAAGCCUAUUGCUUGAAUAUCAAACAGAAAACCUAAUCAUUUGCAGUUUUUUCAAUGAAAUGUUUCCAUCAGACUGAAGAUGAAGUAUAACAUAUACUAUACAGAUGUUUAAAGACAUUUUUUAGCCCGUCUCUAGACAUUAUCUCGAAGGAAACCCGUGUACGAUGAGUCUAGUGUACAAGUUGUUCAACUCUAAACGCCCAAAUAAAAGACGAGCACAGUAGAGCAGUGUGUAAUAUCUAUAAUACUGCACUCAGCAUGGCCGAAUGACCAAAUCCUUCAUGUUUAUUGUAAUUUCCAGUGAACCUAAAUGACUUGGUCAGGCCUUUCAUUGCAAUAUUUAAUUUUAGGCAACAUCCUCACUUCAUUUUUACAGCCUUUCCACAAAAAACAGCUAUUUCAAGCUCUCUUCGGCAUAUACAGCGACUUCUUUCUAAUUGGAUUUGCUUUACAUAACAAAAGCAAAACCAUGCAGUAUUAAACUCGUGCAUGUAUCACGCGACUAAAAACGUGAACCCGAACUGCCAGAGGCAGUGAACAAGGCGUGUGUGUGUAUAACCGAUUCCGAUAAAUCUAGCGGAAAUCUACCUAUUGGCACCACUGAAGUAAACCGUCACUCAAAUAACACACAGGUGCAAAACGCACACUUGCUCUCUUUCACCGGUUUCUGUACUCAGGUGACUCACCUGUCUUAUUUUUUUCCUUUUUCCCUAACAGACCUCUUUGCAUCAUUCACCAAUUCCGUCAUUUCCACCAUAGGCCGUGCUUGUUAAAAUUCUUUCCUCAUGCAUUAUUCAUCUGCAGCCGACAGUCAAACAUCCAUCUUUUUAUGCUAUUAUUUUGUAUUUUCUAUGCUAGUGCAUUUUAAACAGCACACUGAUUGUGUGUGUGUGUGUGUGUUUGAGCUGCACACCAUGUCUGCACGAGAAGCUAAUGAAAUCCUUCUGAUGAAAAUUGAUAUCUAGCGUAGCACAGACGACUGAGCGAAGCUCUGUUCUCACUCAUUCCUAUUCCUUUUGCGAAACUCAUCAGCGGCUUCGGAUAUAAAUUUUAGCAGUUCAUAUGACUUCCCAGGAACCAGAUCACAGUUCCUGAGCACUAGACUACAACUACACGACAACUCGUUCCUACACGAUAGUCUGCUUUCGCUUUUGUUCUUUCCUGUUGAUUAGGAAAAUCUCACCUCCGGGCAUUUCCUUGAUUUCACAUUCUAAGGUGCACGGGUGAAUGAAAAUGUCCAAAUAAUUAUCUAUAGGAAAUUGCCUAGUUUAUGAAAUGACCUAUAAACAUUGCAAUUUGUUUACCAAAUGCAGAUUAGCGAGGCUAGGACAAUUGUUGCUUGUGAUGCUUGUGACCUUGCGGUGUCUGGACAAUGCUAGCUGCCGUUCCAAAAAAAAGAAAAAGUAUAAAAACACAAACUCUCCUGUGUUCAUUGUGUUUUGGAAGUCUAAGACUCAAAGUGCAGCAUGUCUUUCAUCCGCCCGGCCUCGCGUUGCUCAUCGUCUUUCUGCUGAUGGCCUGAUUUACAUGUAUAAUGCCCCCUCGUCCUCACCCACUCGUACUCGAGCUCAGAAAUAUCAGCCAUCAGUGGAACCUAUGCUUCCUCGUGUCAUUAGCGCUGCCAAACAGACAGAGUGAUGCAAGCAGGCACCAUGGCAACCUGGCCAGAUCUCUGAACAGCGUCUUUCUGUCUUCUGCACAAAAAAAAGAUUUCUUGGUUUUCCGUUCACAGAAACACUUUUGCUUUGACACUGACGAACCCUGGAACACGGCAUCGAUGUAACCUGAUCUUAGCCACUGUCCUUCAAACCACUUUCCUAGUUCUCCUAUUUGUGAAGAGAAAUAAAGUGUGCGUUUUUUUUUUUUUUUUUUGUACAAAUCACAUCCUCCUAUUUCUCCAAUGUAGUCAAGACUACAGGUGCUCCCGUCUCUGUUCUGCUUCUAUAUCUCUGUCCUUUUUCACUUUAAUUUAUUGUAAUUUUUUUUUCUGAAGCUAAUCUGUCUUUAUUGCUGAUGACAAAUAUUCCUUUUUGGUAAGAUUUAUUCUCUAUCUUUUUUUUGUUAACUAGUCACUGCUAAUGUAACAAAACGCACUGUGAUGAUCCCAGUAUUAAUAAAAGUUGUACUUAAACGGUG